CAGAAUAAAUGCGCCCUCUUCUUUCUGGAUUUAUGUUUCUUUCUCCUGAUUCUUUCUCACACUCUCACUCUCUCACUACCCUUUUCUAAGCCAAACCAGAGCUUCUUCUUCCAUUUUCUAACCCAAACCCCUGCUUCUUCUUCUCCUUGUUUCCGUCUGAUUCAUUCCCCUCUUUAUUUUGCUGAUUUGUUUGAACUUCGAUUUGUACCAGAAGGCACACAAACACAGGGCCAUGGCGCCUUCGGUUCUGCUGCUCCUACUCUUUGCGGUUGUCAUUGCCCUUGCUGAUGAAGGAGCAUUUGUGGGUGUGAACGUCGGGACCGAUGUAACCAACAUGCCCUCGCCCACCCAAGUGGUAGCCCUUUUGAAGAAGCAACAGAUCCACGACGCGCGUCUUUACGAUGCCGACCGUGCCAUGCUCACCGCCCUUGCCAACACGGGUAUCCGUGUUGUCGUUUCUGUCCCCAACAACCAACUGCUUGCCGUCGGUCAGUCCAACGCCACUGCUGCCAACUGGGUUGCCCGCAAUGUUGCCGCUUAUCUCCCUGCCACCAACAUCACCGGCAUCGCCGUUGGUUCAGAAGUCCUCACUUCUAUCCCAAAUGCCGCCCUUGUCCUAGUCCCGGCAAUGAAUUUCCUCCACUCUGCCCUUGUGGCAGCAAACCUUGAUCGUCAGGUCAAGGUUUCGACGCCACACUCGUCGGAUAUCAUCCUCGACUCAUUCCCACCCUCUCAAGCCUUCUUUAACCGCACAUGGACCCCGGUCCUUGUCCCUAUGCUCUCCUUCCUCCAAAAGACUGGGGCACCCUUCAUGCUCAAUGUGUAUCCGUACUAUGUUUACAUGCAAAGCAAUGGCAUAAUAGGGCUUGAUUAUGCACUCUUUCGCCCCUUACCUCCCAACAAGGAAGCAGUUGACGCGAAUACCCUUCUCCAUUACACUAAUGUGUUUGAUGCUGUGAUUGAUGCUGCAUAUUUCGCGAUUGCGGAUUUCAAUUUCACAAACAUUAAGAUUGUGGUUUUGGAAUCGGGGUGGCCAUCAGGGGGUGACUCGAAUGAGCCUGAUGCCACAAUUGAUAAUGCUGACCAAUACAAUAGCAAUCUAGUGAAGCAUGUAUUGAACAAUACAGGCACGCCGAAGCACCCUGGUGUGCCUGUGAGCACUUACAUUUAUGAGCUAUACAACGAGGAUGCGAGGCCGGGGCCUAUGUCAGAGAAGAACUGGGGCUUGUUUAACGCUGAUGGGUCACCGGUUUAUACUCUACAUUUGACAGAUUCGGGGGUGGUGCUUGCAAAUGAUACCACAAACCAAACUUAUUGCGUUGCGAUUAGUGGGGCGGAUAAGAAGCUUUUGCAGGCUGCAUUAGAUUGGGCGUGCGGACCUGGGAAGGUGGACUGCACACCACUGCUGCAGGGCCAGCCAUGCUAUGAUCCUGACAAUGUGGAGUCACAUGCUUCAUAUGCGUUUGAUACUUACUAUCACAAGAUGGGCAUGGCUGUUGGGACAUGCGAUUUCAAAGGGGUGGCCACUGUAACUACCACUGACCCAAGUCAUGAUUCCUGUUCUUUCCCUGGCAGUGGUGGUAAGAAUGGUACAUUUGGAAACAUAACGUCUUUGGCUCCAUCGACGAAUGCCACUGCAGGCUCUGCCGCACCCCAACUUCCUCCAAGAGUGGAUUUUAGGUCUGCUAUCCUCCUGGGAUUGCUGCUAUGGAACUCUCUCUUCCUAUAGGCGGUAUCCAUCUAUCGCAAGAAGUCUUUGUACAUUUAUAUUUCGAAGUGCUCUCAUCUGCUUGAAACUCUCUUCUUCUUUAAUUUCCCCCUCCCUUUAUGUCUUUCCAUUGAGAAGCAACAACCAGUUUUGAUGAGGCCUGAUGGAUUGGAUUGAUUCAUGAUGGCGGUUGUGGUUGUUGGAUUGGAUGAUUUUGGCCGAAGAGAAGAGCCUGUUUUGAUUCAUUGAUAUUGCACAAGCAGUGAGACUGGAGGUGUUAAUUUACACUUGGACUGACAGCUUGAUGUGGAUCGUUCUCACAUCCCGAAUGGGUCUUAUUAUUGUUUCCACACCACUUCUUGGUUGGUUUUAGUUACAUAUUCUUGGCUGUGUUGUUGUACCCAAUCUAUUUUGUUUGUGAUAAAAAAUUAGGGAAGUAACUGCUGAAAUUAGGGAAAGAACUGCUUCUUACUCUUUAUCUCUUCAUAGUGCUUACUGCAACUUAA